CAGCGAAAGUCAAAACUCUAAUCUCUUCAGCGAAACAAUUAAUGGAGAAGACAAUAUAUGGUGCCUACAGAUAUUCUGACGUUGUAGUACUUGUAUUUGGGAUUCUUGGUAAUAUUUUGGUUAUCAUGUCCAUACUACAAAGUCGGAGGAACGUGUUAAAGAACAACUACUACUUUCUUGUUUUACACCUUGCGGUCUGUGAUUUGGGAGUACUGAUCACGUACGUUUUGGAUCGUAUUGCUAGUUUUUGGUACGAAGAACCACUUUUUGCUCAUUCCGUCAUGUCUUGUGCUCUCACUAAUACAUAUUAUGUCCUUCAAGUUGCAGGAAUAG